UGUUUCAGGGGAGUGUGGCAGGCUAGUUUUUCCUCCUCAUAUGGCAGCAGAGUCGGUGAAAUGUACGUGUGUGUGGCUGCUGUUGUGGCUCUGUGUCCGGCUGUCCGACACCAAACACACCCGCGUGUCGAUGGACGAUGACCUCCUGCUGCCUUACGCUGAUGGCCACGGCCCCACCCACUCUCACCGCCACGUCAGAAGCUGUCAGCCCAUCGCUCACGGCAACACCACCCACGAGAGCCAUCCAUCCAGUAACCACAGCGGACGGCCUGUCGCUGACUCCACGUUGUUUGCGUCUGAUGUGCCGGGAAGCUCCAGAUGGGUUUACGGUCACAUGACGGUGGUCCAUGACCCGUUGAGGACGGUGUCUGUGUUGGAGCCAGGAGGCACUGGCGGCUGUAAAAUGAACCACAGAGUGUCAGUGGAGGAGACGGCUGCGGCUGCUGGGUGUCUGUACGCCCAGAACGCCGGCUUCUUCAACACACAUUCAGGCGCGUGUUUGGGCAACGUGGUGAGCGACGGCAGGAGGGUUCAGGACAGCGGCGGAGUGCAAAACGCCCAGUUUGGAAUCAGAAGCGACGGCAGCCUGGUUUUCGGGUAUCUGUCACAGGAAGAUGUUCUGGACGAGUCCAACCCAUUUGUCCAGUUGGUCAGCGGUGUGAUAUGGCUGCUGAGGGAUGGCGAGGUUUACAUCAAACAGAGUCUGGAGGCUGAGUGCGACAAGAUGCAGGAGACGGGGCACCUACGCACUUUUGUAGAUGUGGUGUCGGCCAGGACGGCAGUGGGCCAUGAUGCCGAGGGAAAGCUAGUCCUGUUUCACAUCGACGGACAGACGGGAAUAAGAGGUAUGAGUCUUUGGGAGAUGGCUGAGGCCCUGAAGAAGUAUGGAGUGAUCAAUGCCAUUAAUCUGGAUGGAGGCGGGUCUUCCACUUUUGUGGUUAAUGGCUCACUGGCCAGCUACCCCUCUGAUCAUUGCAUACCAGACAGCAGGUGGCGCUGUGGUCGGAAGGUCUCCACCAUCCUGUGUGUCCAUCCACCUCGGUGCCAGCCAGCAAACUGCAGCGGACACGGUGACUGUGUGGACGGACACUGUAGGUGUCAGGAGGGCUGGCAGGGCGUCGCUUGUGACUCGUCGGUGUGUCAGACGUGUGGACCCCACGGUCUCUGCCUGGCCAAUGGCUGUGUCUGUGAUGCUGGAUGGAGAGGGAAGAACUGUAGCCAAGUGUGCCUCCCUGGUUUCUAUGGUGACGGCUGCAGUCAGACCUGUUCCUGCAAUAACGACGGUUCCUGCAACCCCAUCGACGGACGCUGCGCCUGCCCUCCUGGUUUCCAUGGUGACACCUGCGAACACACGUGUUCUCCGGGUUUCUUCGGUCCAGCCUGUGCUCAGGAGUGUCACUGUGACAACCUGUGUCCAUGUGACCCGCAGACUGGAAGCUGUAAUGUCACACUGCGAGGAGAAGCCAACUACACCUUACACAGAGCUGGACACUGCCUGGCCAAACAGAUGUUUACAACAUGGAGACAAGAAGAAGACGCUAACAGAGAGCAGCCAUAUCUGACAGAGCGAAUGUGGCUCAUCGUCACAUUCACCCUGGCUUCUCUCCUGUCGGCCAGCCUGCUGGUUCACAUCGUACAGGCGUGUCGCGGCAGGGUGGCUUCCCACUUCCCCGAGCGCCGGGAUUACUCCUACGUCCCGCUGACCGACAUCAACGGAGCUGCUUCACGCUCCAGAGACAAAGCUGGAGCGUCACGGGAGAGGGGUUUCGAAUUGGACAACUCAGACUCUCAGGAUGAAAUCUGGUCUCCGUAGCACUCAGGAAGGUCGUAGCAGUCAGGAGGACCAAGGACGCUAAGUGGAGACAGUGUUAUUGCACAAAGAGAUGGAACUAAAUUAUUAAUUUAAUCUUCUAAUCUUUGCAAAUGUCCAUCGACAGUCUUGCUGAAAUGAUACGUUCUGUAUCGUCUGUCGGCACCAAACUGCCCAGCAGGUAUUUUUAGAGGAAACCUUUGGGAGCUGUUCAAGUGUUUCGCUUGCGGCCUUUGUUUGGAGCCAAAACUUUUGAAUGUGAUGAUGAAAGAAAAAUGGUCAAAGCUUUAUUCUGUCAGCAGUCUCAGCAUCCUGGCUUGAGGUUUUAGACUUUUUCUCAUCUGAGGUGAUGAAUUUUGAACUCUACAUUAUUACAAAACAAUGUUAUUAGGUUAUCUGGAGCUUAACCCUGGUUUUCUCGGGUCGGUCUCCAGGGUAGCAGGGUAAACGACUACAUGGAGAAGGUAAAAUCAUGUCAGAUCUGCCAACAGCACGAGUUGACCAAUCAGAUCACAGGAAUAACUGAGUACAGGAAGUAUGUAGCUUGCAAAAAUUAAUUAAAAAGCAAUAGAGGCAAUUUUAAUAUGUCAUCACAUGUACUUUGAUACCCAUGAUCAUUUUUCAGUGACAUUGAAGGUAUCUGUAGAUCUUGAAAGGUCUUAAAAAUGGUGAUUUCAAAGACUUUAAAGAUAUUAAAGAGUCUUACAUUUCAGGUCCCCCAAAAAGUUAAUGAAACCAUAAAUGACUAAAAAAAAUUGCUGCAGAUUCAGUUUCUGUUAAUAGAAUAAUCCUGUCACUUCAAAUAAUGAUAUACAGCCAGAAACUAUCAACAAAAAUAAAAGUGUCCAUACAUUUGUGUAAUGGGUAAAUGGUCCUAUGCUUUGGUUCCAACACGUCAUCACCAGUGUCUUCACCCAGACUAAUUAACUGUAAUUUGCGAUACAGACUCCUGAUAGGAGCUGUAAUCAGAUGAACUUUAACCAGAAGGACUGUGACGUUCAAUGCAAACUGGGUUUUUAUGUGACAAUUUUUUAAAAAUCAAAACGAGUAUUUUUCUCAGUAUAGUCUGUGCUCAAUGCCUGAAUGUGAAAUAACUAUGAUAUUAUAUAUUAUAAUAUUCUAUUAGAGUUAUGUAGGAGACAUACAAGUUUGAAGAUGAGGAGCACAGUGUGCUUGAAUGUGUGUGUGUUGCAGAGGCAGUGGUUCAGGUGGGAGUGGGCGUGUGCACAUGCGGAAGUGUAUGUGUGUGUAUAAAGGGGUGCACUCACCUGUGUCACAGAGGGAAGGAGGAGAGAGUCAGGGUUGGUUAGUAGCCACAAUGUUUGUUGACCGCUACCCAUUCAUUCAUUAAUCACCUUUUUAUCUGUUUAUUCCGCUGGUUUUCAUUUUUUCCAUUCAUCCAUCUUUUGCGCUGUGAUAGCUCUGUGCUCUUUUGUCCCAAUAAAUACACAAAAAGCAUA